AAGCCUAUUUGUGUGUGUGUGUGUCGGUCUGGAUACACUAGCAGUGCUUGGCAGUGCCGGGGCGGCUGUGGGAGGGUCAAUAACCGGAGAAGGGCACCGGGUAAAGCUAAAAGCAAAGGGGACAAGUGGAGAAACCAGUGUCCACAGGAUUUUGGUGGCCCGAGUGGCCCUGGGGACACAAGGAUGCUCAACGUGGCUUUUGGCAUUGGGGUCCUGCUGGCCCUGUCCGGUGGCAUGGCUGUGUGGGGCUGCGUCGCCCCACAGCAACUGGUCUCGGAGCUGGUGCAGCGCAUGGAUGACUCGAUCAAGGCGGAGGGGACACCGAACCCCAGUGUCCUGCUGGCCUUGAACUUGGCUGGGGCCACAGGCAGCAACACCCACAAAUGGCUGCUGCAGGAGAUCCAGGAGGAGGCUGUGACCAGAGCCCAAAGAGACAUGAUGUCGGGGGAGGUGGCUCUGUCCGUGCUGUCCCUGUUCUCCUCCUGCCGGGACCCCCGGCACGUCCAGGCGCUGGGACUGACCGUCGACCUGGUCCAGGUCCUGCAGCAGAAAAUGGACGAGGAGAUGGCCGUGCUGGAGGAGGAAGGGAUCCCCAAAACCACCCUGUACGGUGUCAGCCUGGGCACCCUGGCGCUGUGCCUGGCCGGGGCAGGUGGCUACCAAGGGGCAUCCGUGAUCCUGGCCAAGCAGGUGCUGAGCCCCGACAGCCACCUCUCUGUGGACACCCGUGCCGUGGCGGCGCUGGCCAUGACGUGCACGUACGGACAGACGGACCUGCAGGACCUGCAGGAGCUGCUGUGGGAAGCGCUAUCGGCUGUGGCCAAUGGUUUCCUCGAUGAGCAGGAGGAGGGGGACGGUGUCAUCGGGAACAUUUACAGCACGGGGCUGGCCCUGCAGGCGCUGGUGGCCACGGGCGAGUUUUAUGCCCCGCGGGUGUGGGACUGUGCCCAAGCCUUCGCCGCGGUGUCCCGCCACGACUACCGCCUGCCCAUGGCCAUCGCCCAGGUCCUGCCCGCACUGGUGGGCAGGUCCUACCUGGACGCGGCUGACCUGGAUUGCGCCACCAGGAUGUCCCCAAAUCUACAGUCAACCCUGUCCCCAAAGCUACAGCCGUCCCUGUCCCCCAAGCUGGGUACAGCCGUGGUUCACAGAGCAGCCACCAUCACGGUUCACUACUCCAUCACCAACACACUGCAGGGAAGACACUUCAGCUACACCACCGAGGUGCAGGUCCCGGACGGCUCCGUGCUGCUCCAGGUGCUGCAGGCAGCACAGGAGAAGGAACCCGACAUCUUUAGCUUCCAGACAGAGCAGACGUCCUGGGGGCCCAUGGUGGUCUCCAUCCACGGGCUGGCUGCCAACCAGAACAGAAGGACCUACUGGCAGUUCCUGAGCGGCGGGGUCCCCCUCCAGGAAGGGGUUGGCACCUACAAGCCGCAGAACGGGGAGCACGUCCAGGCUGUCUUCAGCACCUACUGAAGCCACCAAGGGACCACCAUGGAGUCAAUAAAGAGACAUUUGUAGCACAAACCUCUGUGUAUGUGCGUGUG